AAUUGAAGUAAAAAGCUUCCUAUACAGAAUCGGAUCUAUUUGAACUAUACACAUCAUCCUCAAAACACUAUUGUUAUUUUCUCUCACAAAUAUUAAUUCUGUGGUCUGUAAUUUGAGUUCCAAAAUCAUGGCUACACAAGGUCAAGUCAUCACCUGCAAAGCUGCGGUGGCCUGGGAACCCAACAAGCCAUUGGUGAUAGAGGAUGUACAGGUGGCACCACCACAGGCCGGUGAAGUUCGUGUUAAAGUUCUUUAUACUGCUCUCUGCCAUACUGAUGCUUAUACAUGGAGUGGCAAGGAUCCUGAGGGUCUCUUCCCAUGUGUUCUUGGUCAUGAGGCUGCAGGGAUAGUAGAAAGUGUUGGUGAAGGAGUGACCGAGGUUCAGCCGGGAGACCAUGUUAUACCUUGUUACCAGGCAGAAUGCAAAGAAUGCAAGUUCUGCAAAUCAGGAAAGACCAACCUUUGUGGUAAAGUAAGGGCUGCUACUGGAGCGGGAGUUAUGAUGACCGACCGCAAGAGUCGAUUCUCAAUCAAUGGAAAACCGAUCUAUCAUUUCAUGGGAACUUCAACCUUCAGUCAGUAUACCGUUGUUCAUGAUGUUAGUGUUGCAAAGAUUGACCCAGUAGCUCCUCUGGAGAAAGUCUGCCUUCUUGGAUGUGGUGUUCCAACCGGCCUUGGAGCUGUUUGGAACACUGCCAAAGUUGAACCAGGUUCCACUGUUGCUGUCUUUGGCCUGGGAACAGUUGGUCUUGCUGUGGCGGAGGGUGCAAAAACUGCUGGUGCUUCGCGGAUUAUUGGGAUUGAUAUUGACAGCAAAAAGUUUGAUAGAGCCAAAAAUUUUGGUGUGACCGAAUUCAUCAAUCCUAAGGAGCAUGAGAAACCAAUACAGCAAGUCAUUGUGGAUCUUACAGACGGGGGUGUUGAUUACAGUUUUGAGUGCAUUGGAAACGUAUCUGUUAUGAGGGCUGCUUUAGAGUGCUGUCACAAGGGUUGGGGAACCUCAGUGAUUGUAGGUGUUGCUGCGUCUGGUCAGGAGAUAUCCACUCGUCCAUUUCAGCUGGUGACUGGUCGUGUUUGGAAGGGAACCGCUUUUGGUGGUUUCAAAAGCCGAUCACAAGUUCCUACGCUCGUGGACAAGUAUUUGAAGAAGGAAAUCAAGGUGGAUGAGUACAUCACUCAUAAUAUGACGUUUGCGGACAUAAACAAAGCUUUUGACUUGAUGCAUGAUGGGGAUUGCCUCCGGGUUGUCCUGGAUAUGUUUGCAUGAAGUCUUUAGGCUCUUAUGUUGCUGACUUGCUGGUUUUGUGCUGUUGCUCGGACACUAUUUCCCUUUCCCUAAUUAUAUGUGUGGAAUAAAAAGAAAAGUGGGAAAAAGAGGAUCAAGGGGACAAGAGGAACUCUUUGAAAGUAGGUGGCUUUUUGUUAUCUUUCUAGUUAAUGUUCUACUUUCAAGGCUGAACCACCAUUGCUAUGUUUCCAUCAACAAAUCUUCCCCUUUCUCAAGUACAAAUAUCUUUACCGUUGCUAAA